GGCAUUCCUCGCUUGCAGCCAAUGCCUCCUGCAGCAAAUAUGGAUCCCUUGAGCCUGCUCCGACAGUUCAAUAUCACGAAAAAGGAUAUCUCAGAGAGCAACUCGCAUUUAUUCUUUGGCGAGUACUCCUGGCCGAAGACUGUAAAGACCAACUACCUCGUGUGGGGGUCCGGAAGAGAUGGGGCACCUCGGGAGUACUACACGCUGCAGUGCUUGCUCUUUCUACUCAGGAAUGUGCACUUGCCUGACCCGGUGUACGUGCAACAAGCUGCGGCUGAAAACAUCCCAGUCGUUAUGCAGCCUGACAGAAAAGACAUCCUUGCCUGCUUGAACGGGGAGACGGCCACAUCUGUUAAUAUUGACAAGAGCGCCCCCGUCGAGAUGCCCACACUUGUGCAGAGAACAGCAGCUGAGGAGCCCCGGGUGGUGCAAAGUGAGCCAUGUCUGGAGGUUCUUCGUGGCGUUCUGCGCAGCAUAGACUGCCUGGUGCAGCAAGAGUGGGUGGUGGCUGCUGUGGAGCGGCAGUCGCAGCAAGUGGCCGAGACACUGCAGCCAGUGGGCAAGCUUUAG